AAACAGGCGCCUUAGGGUAAAGCCCUUCGCUAUCACCACUGAACCCACCCUGGUCGUCACUUUUGUCUAAGCUUCCACCACCGUUACACCCAGCACCUCCCUCCCGACAGCUCCACCGCAAGAAAACGUAAUCGGCCUCUCUGAAAUCAUCAAUAGGACUCCACUUGAGGUAAAGCUUAAAUUUUUUCCGUUUUCUUUAAUAUGCCUGUAUAUAUAUGUCACCGGUGCUUCGAAAUAUUAAUUCCUUUUGCAAGCUUUCAGUCGAUAUACUUGUUAUUGAGCUCUGCAAUCGGAAAAUCAUUAUGUUGAAUUAUAAUUUUGUCUACUACUAGGUUAUCUUGUUGCAUUUUCACUGGAUUUUGAAAAUAUACUGCUUGAUUUCGUCGGCAUUAUGAACAAUAUACUGGAAAUCUUGACCUUGACACAAUUGAGAUGCAUAUCAUCCUUAUAUGGUAGAGAUUUUACUUCACUUUUGUGUGGUUCAUAUGGAGCAGACUCGGAAGGUGUUCUAUCAAAUGUUUGAUUAAUCUUUUCUUUUCUAAGAUGAAUUUGGUCUAACCGAAUUCAUUACCGUUUUCGAAUUUAAAAUCGGUUGCGGAAUGAAUUCGGUUAUGGCCAAUUCGAAAUUGAAAACGGUACAUUGUUAGGAAGAUAAUACCGUUCUCGAAAGCUUUGACAACAUCCUCCCCAACUGCUGCCCAAUUCUUUUUAAAAAAUUUCACUGUGUAACCAUCUGGGUUCGGAACUUUUCCUUCCUUCAUACAGAACACAAUUUGCUUGAUUUAUUCAUAUGAGUAAACAAGGACUAAGGUGGGGAAACUUCUUUUUGUUUUCAAGCCAGAAAGGCUACAAUCAAAAUAAUUAUGUGUUUAAAUGUUUGUAAAUUUUUGUAUUUAAUUUUGUUUUACUCCGCAAGGAAGGCAAAAACUACAAUUCAAUGCUGAGCAUGCUCCAUCUCGAAAGGGUACAUAUUAUGUGCAUAAUACUAUGGAUUUUUCUAUUUGUGAUGCUAAUUACAUUGUUAGGAAGAUAAUACUUGAGAUUUAGUUAGUAUUUAAGUUUGUCUUAUGUGAGUUCUAUUUUUGGCCGAUAUGUCACUCUUAUUUUAAAGCCAAUGUAUUAUGCUUGUGAUAUGUAUGUUUCAUUCGGAUGCUUAUUUCCGUAUUUUGGUUGAUAGCCUUGAAGCAAAGCAAACCACUACAUGGAUUUCUUGUAGAAGACUUUUAUUCAAAGAAAGUCUAGGAUCUAUGAGUUCUUGUUAUGUAUGCAUGUUUUUUAUUUAGUUAAAGCACUCAUAUUAAUACAAUGGAGACUUUAAGUUCCUCUUGAGAUGCUGUUUAAAGGAUCAUAUUCCCUUAUUAGCAUCAAAUACCAGAAAUUCUUAACUUCUUAAAUUCAAUGAGUGCCACAGUGCACUUGUCCAGAUUGGAAGUAGUUUAGUUUCCUUUUGUUCUCAAUGAUUCCGUUGAACCUGUCUCCUUCUUCUAUAGUAUAAGAAUAACAGUAUAGGAAUGAUAAUUUAUUAGGUCUAUCCCCUUUCUCUAUAGUACAAGAGUAGUUAUAAAAUGUUGCCAUCAAAUCACCAAAAAAAGUUAAACAUUGGGACUAAAAUAACAUUUUGUUUGCAUAAAUAUUGACAAUUAAGGGUAAAGUAUGUAUCAAAUGUAGUUUGAGGGUGCGUGUUGCAAUUACAGUAAAGCGAAACGCAUAAAGUCGCCAACGUUUCUUCUUUUAUCUUUCAUUCUCUCCCUCCAAGCCCCUCGUCCUGUUACUUUCCCUCCGUUGCCGUCUUCAGCUCUUCCUUCGCCGCCGUAGCCGCAUCGUUCCUCCCACCGCUACGCUACUCUCUGGCUCCUUAACACGGUUGGUUUUGUAAGUUUCCAAUUUUCUUUCUUUUUUUUUUGUUUUCUAGACUUUUGUCUGCCUUAAAAAUUAUCCAGUAGUAGUUAUGAUUCAUUGCAUUGUUGGUAUAUAUCGAAAUUGAACAGAUAAGAACUUUUGAGUUCCAUACCUUGGUUCAUUGAAAGGGGAUUGUUCAAACUUGGGGGGACAAAGACUUUUAACAUACCUCAGUCUUCAAUUAUUUUGCAGCUUCUAUGUUAAAUUAGUUCUCUGGUUUUGCACAUGGACAUGAACAUUGCUUUAAUUAUCCUACUGCUAUAAUAGUUUGCACAUGGACAUGGUUUCUCAACAUGACGACAAUUAAGAUCUUCCAUGUUCUAUUAAUUUUAAAAAUGAGAGUUAUAGGGAAUUUGUCAAUAUUUUUUACACAACAAAUUGGGCAUUGGGCACAGCCAGAAAAUUUCUAGUAUAUAAGUAUAUAGCGACGUGGUUGGGGUUUUGGCAGGAUUUCCUAAUUCUUAGUCCUGAAUCAUAAUCUACUGUCUGUCUACUGUCUCUCACACACGCAAGACCUACGAAGAAGAAGAAGAAGAAGAAGAAGAAGAAGGGGCAAGACCUACGAAGAAGAAGAAGAAGAAGAAGAAAGUAAAAGGGAGUUGGGAAGAUGAGAGGAGUUCAAUUGUCAUUGAGCAAGACCCAGAAGCUUAGACUGGAAACAGCACUUGAGAAGUUGGAAUCCCUUUCCUCCACCACCAGCAACAAUUCCAAUGCCUCCGUCAUAGUCGCCGACACCAUUCCCAUCAAUUACGAAGACGGCGUUCUCAAAGGGCAUGGGACGUCGGAGAUGGAUGGCCGGGUGGUGGCAACCAUCUGCGGAGUGGUUGAGCGCGUGAAUAAGCUUGUCUAUGUUCGUGCUCUCAGGGCAAGGUACAAGCCUGAGAUAGGUGAUAUUAUUGUUGGCCGAGUUAUCGAGGUGGCUCCUAAGCGUUGGAGAUUGGAGAUCAAUUUCAGCCAAGACGCAGUAUUGAUGCUUUCUUCAAUGAACUUGCCUGAUGGCAUCCAGAGGCGCCGAACUGCUCUCGAUGAACUCAACAUGCGCAGUAUAUUUGAAGAGAAUGACAUUGUUUGUGCUGAAGUCCGUGGUUUCCAACAUGAUGGAAGUCUGUACCUACAAGCAAGAAGUCAGAAGUAUAGAAAGCUUGAUAGAGGUCAAUUACUCAGAAUCUCCCCUUAUUUGGUGAAGAGGCGUAAACAACAUUUCCACCACCUAGACCAGUAUGGAGUUGACUUGAUACUUGGCUGUAAUGGAUUCAUAUGGGUUGGUGAACAUGUUGAAGCCAAAGAUGACAUGGUAGUGGAUCAAAUGAUCAAAUCCGAGCAAGAAAAUGCCAGUUUAAGUGGUUCAGUCAGUUCCCGUGAACAAGAACAAAGUCACACAUCAGUAGAGAUUAGGCAACAUAUAUGUAGAAUAGCGAAUGCAGUCAGAGUACUAUCCACUCUAGGUUUCAUGGUUACUGUGGAAUUGAUAACUGAGUUAGUUGAUUUGAGCAUCUCGCAUAAUCUUGAUAUACAUGAGAUGCUUGGGGCAGAAUUUUACGUCAUUGUUGCUGAGAAAGAAGCUGAACGUCGAAGCCUGGCAACUAAAAAGAGAUGAAAUCCUGACCCUGUAGUUUAAUAUUAGUGUCUGAUUUAUAAAUGCCUAUAACUGGUGGCAAAAGCCAUCUCUCCAAAGAGAGAGAGAUAGAGAAAAGAGAUUCAGUUUGUUGCAGUCAUCUUUGCUUAUAACUAAAUUUAAAUGUGUUCUCUGUUGAGAUAUUUUUGAACCAUUGACAGAUUUGUUAGCGUCAAAUUACUAAGGCAAUGAAGACUAGUUUCUUUGAUAACA